UAAGUUUUUAGCGAAGAAGAACCCUAGCAAGCAGAAGUACGAAGAACGUAACGGCGGCAGAAGAUGGCGUGCCGGACGGGAGGCGAGUGUCAAUCCGGUUGUUACAAAGAAGAAGAAGAGAACGGGACCAAUGAGGCCGUCAAAGUCGUUUCUUCCAGGGAUGAUGAUGAUGAUGUCAACAGGAACAAAAUUGACAAACAUCUAUGCAUCAAGUGCAAGUGUAAUCAGCCGAUCUCCAUCACGAAUCCUACGGCUGCAGCAGCCGCUGCCUUUAGUGACGCCUCGCGUUUCUGUAUCGAUUGUUUCCGGAACAAUCUUUUCGGCAAGUUCAGAUUCGCUAUCACUUCAAACGCCAUGAUUUCUCCUUCGGACAAAGUUCUAGUUGCCUUUUCCGGCGGUCCCUCUUCCAGGGUGGCGAUAGAGUUUGUGCGUGAGAUACAGCAUAAGGCACAGAAGAAUUUUGAUGCAAGUAGAGAUCGUUCAUUGGCGGUAUUUGGUAUCGGGGUUGCCUUUAUUAAUGAAAGUGAUGCACAUACAGAAACUUCUCAUGAACUUGACGAAGCCAUUGAAGAAAUGAAGCUUAUUGUCUCAAACUUAGAUCCACCAAAAAAAAACUUUCAUGUUGCUUCACUAGGGAGCCUCUGGUCUUCAGAUAGUAAAUACAGAUUGAAAGAAUUGGUGAAUGCUGUUAAUGAUGUUACAGGAAGGGAAGAUCUUCUGCUGCAAUUGAGGAUGUUAUCUUUGCAAAAGAUUGCUCUUGAAAAUGGUUACAAUAAACUUUUGCUAGGAUCAUGCACAUCAAGAUUAGCUUGUCAUGUGCUUACAGCAACAGUUAAGGGCAAGGGUUACUCAUUGGCAGCAGAUAUACAGUAUGUUGAUGCAAGAUGGGAAGUACCAGUGCUGCUUCCUUUACGUGAUUGUCUUACGCAAGAGCUCAACUUACUCUGUUGCCUUGACAGUCUGAAAACUGUUGAAGUUUUUGAGAGGAAGCCAUCUGGUAUCAAUGGUUUGGUCACAUCAUUUGUGAAACUUUUACAGGAAGAAAAUCCUUCUCGAGAGUCCACAAUUGUUAGGACUGCUGGGAAGCUAAUUCCGUUUCAAUUCAACAUGAUUCCCGAUAGUGAUGAUUGUAACGGUAUUUUGUCAUCUGAAAGGCGUCAAAAGAAAUAUAAUCAGAAAUUUGAUGAAUCUCUUCCUCCUGAUUCCUUCUGUGCAAUUUGUAAUAGUCCUCUCGAUAAAUCUGACAAUGACCUAGCUGACUCUAAAACUAUUGAGGGGAUGUGCUGUUUCAGUUGUCAGUUUGAGAUACUCCCACAGGACACAUCAUCGAUGGAGCAGUUUUAUUCUCUCUUACCAAAUCCUAUUGCGGCAAAGACAAAACAUGGAGGCUAUGACAACCAAAGAUGGCUGAGGGAACAAAUACAAGAUUGCUUGCUUUCUGAUGAUGAGAAUGGAGUUUGACAAGCAGCCAUUUGUAAGCCAACAUCAAUCCUUCCUUAUAUUGUUUGGAACCUGUUUAUGUACUGUUAUUGUGAUGCUGCUGCUGCUUAUGACAAUAUUUAAUAUUUUUCCGGUUUUAAUUUAAAUGAGGUGCCUGACUGGCUUUGUAAUUUCCAUUGGUAAAUGGUUAUUUUCACAGACAAUGAUUGAUAAAAUUACAAUUUAAUA